AUGAGUGAUGAUGUUGAGGUUUUGACUUUGGAUGAGGAGCACAAACUGUACUACAACUACCAGGUCAGUGUUCACAAAGCAUCGCCGGAUGGCAUAACUCGUGAGGCAUUCGAGAAAUCCAUUGUUGAGUCCACUCUUGUGGUAGGUCCAGCUCUGCGAGUCGCUUUGCAGCACAUCAAACAAAUCCUUCGUACUAACAACUCUGUGCUUUUACCUGUCUCCAGAAUGCACACGAUGCGGCAGCGGAAGCUGGCGGCGCCCCACGAUCCGGCUCCUAUCAUCAACAGUGCUGUCGGAGUGGUGGAUCUACUUCCCGGUUACCUUUCUUCUGUCUACUUCUUCUUCGACCCUCAAUACACAUGCCUCAAUUUAGGCACCUACUCUGCUCUUAGAGAAACUGCCUUUGUUCGGCACCAUCAUCGGACCUUCGGAGCAAUGGUGCCCGCCUAUGCCGACUUUACGUAUUACUCCAUGGGGCACCAUGCCCACUCCUCCGAAGCGCUACAAGUGCCGCACCAAACCUCCAGCCAACACGAGUUCAAGGCGAUGCUAGCAGAAGACGAUGUUUUACGGUUCACAUUGCCACGUUUCUUUAACACUGCUGCCAACAUGCUGUCGUGGCUAUUCAAUCUCUAUUCCUUCGGGCCAAAGUCCAGCGGAAGAGCGCAGAUGAUUGGUGAGGCAUUAAAGGUCAGCACAAGUGAAGGCGCAACAAUAGGCACAACUGCCCAUACCUUGUCCAUGUUUCCGCGGCAACAACAACGCCAACUACAGUUGAAGCCCCAAUGGGACGCCAGUUUUCUACGGUGA